GUCUAUGACGUCAUCGGUGCCGCCACGUGGGCGCGGCGCGCGCACCGCUCAUCUCACGUCCGCAUUCGCGGGGCCUGCAGAGCGUGGCCGAGCUGCUGCUGGUGGUGGUGGAGACUCUGAACACAUAUCUAGCGGCUGGUAGAUCUCAACGCAGCUGCUCUUACAUCUGAAGAAGCAGCAGCAAGCCCCUGCUGCUGUUACUGUUGAUACUGCUGCUGCUACUGCUGCAGCUGCUCACUGCGUUUAAGUCCUCGCCUCGUCGCAGCUCCACGCAACCCGAGGCGCGAUGGCUGCAGAUAUGGACAAAGAAACCAAGUCACUGGCAAAGCUCUCCCUGCAGAUUGGUGUGGACAAGGUGAGCCUGCCCUUCAAGCUGUACUGCUUGACGGUGAUGACCCUGGUGGCCGCCGCGUACAUCGUGGGCCUGCGCUACACGCGCACCACCACGGGAGACAUGUACUUUGCCACGACCGCCGUGUGCCUCACCGAGGUGGCGAAGCUCAUCGUCAGCUUCGCCAUGCUCACCAGGGAGACGGGGAGCGUGCGGGGUAUGGCCAAGUCCGUCUGGGAGGACGUGAUCAUGAACCGCAAGGAAACCCUAAAGCUCGCCAUCCCGUCGCUGGUGUACGCGUUGCAGAACAACAUGGGCUACGUGGCGCUCAGCAACCUCGAUGCGGCCGUUUACCAGGUGACGUACCAGCUGAAGAUCCCGUGCACAGCGCUCUGCACCGUGCUCAUGCUGGGCCGCUCGCUCAGCCGCCUGCAGUGGUUCUCCGUGUUCGUGCUGUGCGGCGGGGUCACCCUGGUGCAGUGGACGCCGGCUGAGUCAACCAAGGUCAUGGUGGAGCAAAAUCCAUUUCUGGGGUUCAUGGCCAUCGCCGUUGCGGUCGUGUGCUCGGGGUUUGCUGGCGUGUACUUUGAGCGGGUGCUCAAGAGCUCCAACACGUCGCUGUGGGUGCGCAACAUCCAGAUGUACCUGUGGGGCAUCCUCGUCACCUUCCUGGGCGUGGUUACCAACGACGGCAGCGCCGUGAUGGAGAAGGGCUUCCUGCACGGCUACACGCCCAUGGUGUGGCUCGUCAUAUUCCUCGCCAGCGUGGGUGGCCUGUACACCUCGGUGGUUGUCAAGUACACGGACAACAUCAUGAAGGGCUUCUCGGCUGCUGCUGCCAUCGUGCUUUCCACAGUGGCUUCGAUGCACCUUUUCGGCCUGCAAGUCGGCCUUUUGUUCAUGGUGGGCACGUUCCUGGUGUGCCUCUCCAUCUACAUGUACGGCUUGCCGCGCACCGACACCACCAAGCUGACGCCGCCCCCUGGGAGCGAAGCGGAGCACAGGAAGCCGAGCACUUCCAUCUGAGACGAAGCACCGUCUCCCGCCACUGCCGCUGCCGCCACCACUGCCCAUCGGUCACGCCCGUAAAGACAAAAACAGAAUCUACGUGGAUGGGGAAGAGUCCGACGCGUGUUCACAUAUUCCCACUGCGGCUCGGCAAUGGUGACAUUUCUCGAUAAGGGUCCGUCGUGGCACGGGGGCAGUAUUUCAAGGGAUUUUUCUGCCCCACACCCACCCACCUAACUUGUGUUUUGGACCACGCUGCUAAAGGUGAAUUCGUGAUGAUGCUGAAAUAGCGGCGUCACUGGUCAAAUAACGAUGCGUGGACUCGCUUGCGAUAACCGCGAAGUAAAACUCUUGCCGUGUUCGACCGCGAACCGAAUCUCGGUUCAGUGCGGUUGUGUUUUGCGGCCUUGGUGAGUGACACGAGUGCGUGCCGCCACCCAGGCUAGUAAUGUACGCUUACGUAGCGGCUCGCCAGCCCUCUGUGUGUCUGUACGUGAUCGUGAGUCGUGCGCUGCGACGAAGUGGUGUCCUUGGGAAAAACUUUAAUCGUAAAGUUGUCGGUCGUCUGGGAGAAAUGUUGAUUGUGGGGAUAAGUCUAAAAAGCACAGGUACUGUUUCACUUAUUUCAUUUGUAAGCCUCAUCACAAGGUAAUUUCUAUGUAAACACUGGAUCACUUGGGUCAGUAACUGGUCAAGAUUUUAAAGUCAUCAUAUGUAAAGGUUGGGUUUUAUUUGUUUUUUUAAUUUCCCAUUGGCGUGUAAAGUGUAAACUUUGUAUAGUCAGGGUGGCCGGGUUUGUUGAAGGUCAGAACGCUGAACCAGACCUUGCUGAUAUCCCUCGGUGAAAAUAUAAUCAGUCACCCGUGGUUAAACCGCGUUCUCAAGCACAGUGGUCAUCAAUGACUUUACAACAACAACAACAACAAAAAUACACGUUUAGCUUUGCACUUUGCUUCAUUGCAUCUUGGAUAGUUAAAUAGAUGUUUUUUACUGUCGUGAUAAUCUCUCACUGUAGAGUGUGUGGAUAAGUGCGACCCGUACUGGGUCAUGGAUAACAGAGGCCACUCGGAAGGAUUGUUUUGUGUGAGAUCCUGUAAAAAAAAAAUUCCACAGUCAUACCUCAGACACACCGCUUGUACUGAUGUGCAAUUGUGGCCAAAAGCACAAUUAGAAUUAGUGUAUAGGUAAAAGGAAAAUAACAACUAAAAGCGGUAGAUUUUAAAAUGUUGAUCCAUUUAGGCAACUGAACUUCUAAUCUAAAUUAUUUAAAAAUGUUAUUCUGAUUUAACAAAAUAAAAACACUACCUAGGUUUAUUAUCAUCAUCAUCAUCAUUCUUACAAUGCUUGUUUACUCCGGAAGGCUGCACCUUGCCCAACACUCUUUUUCUAAGAAGGUCCCUGCCAAUUUUUCACAGACGGUGGGGGUUGCUGCUACGUGUAGUCCCAGUUGAGUAAUUAAAGCAGGUACAUUGUCAAGCGUGAGAAAGCUUGGCCAGUUACAUUGUGGGGUUUUUUUCUCACUUAUAAAAGAUCACACACUCUUGGGGGUUUUACACAAGGGUGGUCCACCGUGGUUUAUACAUCUCCACUCCUGCAGGCGUUUCACGCUGUACGUCGGGUAUUUUGGGUUUGCGUCGCUGGAUUGCGUUUUAUUCAUGGCCAUUGGCCGAACUAAGCACUGAACCUUGACCUGUGGCCAGUUGCAUACAAUUCAUUCAGAAUGUGAGAUUUCACCGUUACACUAAAUAAUUUACAUUGCAAAAAAACGGACUAAAUGUCACUCUGAUUUAAAGCUUUCGUGACUGCAGGGAUUCAUAUUCUUGGUUCUUUCGGUAAAGUCACAUAGAAGGGAAAUAAUAAAAUAUUAUUUUAUUUUUACUUCCCUUCUAUGUGACUUUACCGAAAAAAAGUCACGUAGAAGGGAAAUAAAAUAUUUUUAUUAUUUUAUUAUUUCCCUUCUACGUGACUUUACCGAAAGAACCAAGAAUAUGAAUGUCACUCGUGAUCAGGGGCAGUUUCUUCAUUAGGGCGAUUGGGCGACGCACCACCAAUGUCAUUCAACCACAGAGUCACGCGAGCCGUCACUGUGCCUCUGGAUAUAGUCCAAUCAGCGUCAUGUCACGUUCUGUGGAGUACCGCCUCUUUUUGGGCGAUUUCACUCCGGCUGAGAAUCGCCCCGAGUGGCCCCAUAGACUUACAUUCAAAGAUGUUUUUUUUCACACGGGGGGCGCUGCAAUGCAUUCUCUGGCUUCCGGGAGGGCUCGCCCUAACGUGCUUACGUCAUCAAACGUAAGCACGUUUCAUCCAACAAUAUAAUUUGUCGCCACCUAGUGGAAUCUUUAAUAAAAGAAACUUGAGUGGAUUGUAUUAAUAGUGAGUAUAGAAACAAACAAGGUGUAUUGUAAGAGUCACUUUAUUUUUCAUUAAUAUUAAAGAAGUGAAGUUGCCUUUACAUGCUUAAGCUGUUAAUUUAUCCAUUGCAUGGGUGGACCUUAUCCUGAGCAAUAAUCCAGACAUUUGCCCCCCCCCUGAGAGAUUUUGCAGGAGCCGCCACUGCUCGUGAUGUAUCAUGUAACCAACUACAGGUUGCAACCACAGUGUUUGGCAUGUGAGUCCAGACACCGCCAAGAAACGUUAAAUAUGGUCAAGAGGUAGCCACAAUUUUGGACACGAAUGGCAUUUUUAAUCGGUGCACAUUCAAGGUGACAUUCUAAUGUUGACUACGGAACUUAUUUUUUUUACGCAGAGCAGCGCAUGAACAAUGAGGCUCGGUGUCGAGUCAGGCGCCGGUAGUUGCUUUCUUGCAUCGCGGGGUGGGGGGUGGUGGUGCACAUCACGGAGCCUGUCUGUGAUCUAACCAAUAACCACAGGGAACCAUUCCCUAGUAGGACAUCUCCACCUUCUAUCGUGUAGCUGCACCCGACUGAAGCCUCAUUGACGGGCUCCUGGGCUCUCGGCUGAUGAAGCCGACGUGGUUCGCUCCACACUCGCCCACACCACACAAGAGUUCAGUUUUAGAGAAAGAAAAAAAAAUGGAACGUCAUUCUGAGUCGUUCAGCAUCCCCUCAUGAAACACUAAUUCGGCGCACAGAAAUUACCUCCGAUUUUUAAACAAAGACUUUUGAACCAACUUUGACGGGGUGGUAUUUGGAUAAUCCUGUGUGCAAUGCUUUUAUUAAAAGUUAUUUUUGGAUUGUAUUGCAGUUCUCUCUGCUGGACAGGUGUGCAAAAAGCAUUUCAAGAGUGGCUAAUGUAAGGGUAAUCCAUGUUUGAAAUGCGACUACGUUUGUUGGCUUAAUAGAUUGUAGAUUGAUCCACUUUUAAAGGUUUAUUACUGUGUUGUACUUGUACAUUAAGGUGGACAUAUAACCCCCGUGAUGUGCCCAAAGCUUUGGUAAAUUAAUUUAGCUUUUCAUUGCAGCAAGCCUAGCAUGGAGAAUCCCACUAAGAAACAACUGCACCAUGCCUUUUGAAAAUGUGUUUGGUAGCACUUGUGUUGGGCGUGCGUCAAAUAAUUGCAUCCAUUUGACCAAUUCCAAAGCAAAGCAUCGCGAGACCUGCAAAAAUUACCGUAUUUAUAGCUAGAUGCUGAUUUAUAGGGGAUGUUUGUAGAGUGUGCGCACUUUACGAUGUAAUGUCAAGUGGGUGUUGUCAGAACGCACUGGGGGGAGGAAGUGAUUAAAAGGUGGUUUUGGAAUUAGUUUUUUAAAAGUAACAUUUUUUUUUAUUGUGUUGGCGAGUUGGUGAAUCCUGUGUACGAUCAUAUUUAAUCAGUCGGUUGAUUAGACGGCUCGCAAAAACUGGUGCUUGGUAAAACAACCUCGCGAUUUUUUUUGACAGCUUGAACCGUGCAUGGAACUUAACGGAACAAGCGUUACAACUGGCGCGGGACGGAUCAAUGGUAGCUUGGGAAUAUACGUAACAAAAAUAAGGAGUCUGUAUUGACACAAUCCGCUGCCGAAUGAAGAUCAUCCCAGUUGCCGCCAUCUGUUACGCUCCCAAGACGCAACGGUCCAGCACCUGUGCACGCUCCAAUUCCAUCGCUCCGUCUCUGCACUGGAUGAUGCCCUCGUGGGUGCCGAGUUGGAGCGAUGGAAUGGGCCCCGCGUGCAAGGAUGCUCGUUGCAUUUACUGCAUCGCAGGGUUGUUGAUGUUGGGGGGGGGGUGAUAGUGUUGGUCUUGGGAAGCUUUCAUCCAGCAGUGGAUGGACCACAGCAGAUGAGUAGUCUCGGCUUCCUUACUCGGUAGACCUGUACAUUUGACUCGACCAACGACAUUAAACAAUGCUGUAUACGAUUCGAAA